GCGAGGUGAUUGGCUCCGCCUUUGGGGACCUUGCACACGUGACCAGAUACCUGUACUUCCGCCAUACAAAAAGCGGCGCAGGCGGAUUGGCCACUCUUUUUCUUUUUUGGGCGUCAGUAGGAAGUGCAGCAGGCUGAGCAUGGCGGACAUAGACUUCGACGGCGGGGAAUCUGGGGCUUCUGCCACGUACCCCAUGCAGGCUUCCGCUCUGAGAAAGAACAACUACGUCAUGCUCAAAGGGCGUCCCUGUAAGAUUGUUGAAAUGUCGACCUCCAAAACUGGCAAGCACGGACAUGCCAAGGUUCACCUCGUUGGGCUUGACAUUUUCACUGGCAAGAAGUAUGAAGAUAUUUGUCCAUCAACCCAUAACAUGAAUGUCCCAAAUGUGGUGAGGGUUGACUACCAGGUCCUAGGAUGUAACGACGGUUUUUUGAGCCUGAUGGACGACUCUGCAGAGACCAGGGAUGACCUUAGAUUACCGGAUGGCGAUCUGGCCAAAGAAAUUGAAAAGAAAAUAGAGUCUGAUGAUCCUUUUCUGGUCACCGUGUUGAAGGCUUUAAGUGAGGAGCAAGUAGUCGCCAUCAAGGCACAAACCAGUUAGAGCCGAGCUAUUCUUUAGCUGCUACGCCCCACCGCCUCCGUCGCACAUUUCCUCUCCGAGGGGGUCACCUCAAAUGUGGAUCUGAAUCGGGGCAGGUUCUUUUCUUUCUUUUUUUUUUUUUUUUUUUUUUUUUUGUAACUAUGCAACUUGGCCCCUAGUGACUGGCAGUGGAUGAAGUUGACAUAGAAUUAUGUCUAAAGUAUGUGGUUUUAUUAUUAGUUAUUAUGAUUCAUAGACCCCCCCCCAACAAAAAAGACCAUUCAUAGACAUUUAUGAACGAUUCAUGAAUGCCUAUGAAUCUGAAUUUCAAUAAGUCAAAAUUUAAUAAGUGGUUUUAUUUUAACUGCCUGGGAUACGCUAAAGGGAAAUUUACAGUUUUUAAACGGCCUCACUUCAUUGAUCCCUCCUCGCCCACAUCGCUAAUAAAAUUCAGAGCGGGCGCCGUUACUAUAAACAAACUUGACACCGGCCACCGCUGCUCAAUGUUAUCGAUUCAAAGUUGUUUUUUUCUUGGCAAGUACAAUUAAUUGUCGGCAGCGAUAAAGCCGCGCUAAGUGCGCCACCGUCCACGACGCAAAAUAUUGACACUGUCGAUCACGCCCGCUGCCUUCGAUCGGCGUUCUUUCCCUGGGCGCGGUGAUUGUAAUCAUUUUAGAGGUAGAAAGUGGGACUGAUUAUUUGUAUUUUAUAUUUUCCACAGAUCAUAUAACUACUUUCAGGUGGGAUGAAAAUGGUUUUAAAUUCAACAUGACCCUUUAGUAAUAAUAAUUUAUACGUGUCAAAAUAGGGAGUAAUAACUGUAUACGAAGUUCUAUACAUUUUAUUUAAUACUAUCAUUUGAACAGAAAGUGAAAUGUCAAAUAUGUAUUAAAAAACAGUGAAAGUUCUUUUCAGGGGUCUAUGAUAAGUCUUGCCAACCUUAUUCUUCCACACACACUCCAGUCUUGCUUUAAUUGCCGAAGUUUCACAUCAUGCGAGACGUUAAAAGCAUCCACACGUUUGUGAAAACUGCAGAAUUCUGAAAUGAUCAAGUUUUUCGUGUGCACUUGGUUGCUUUUAAGUUAACUUUUUUUUUUUUGUAACUUAAUGAAAAGUAAAUGCUACACAAUUUAAAGUGUGAGUUCUUGGUUUCAAGUUGUGGUAUACAGUAUAUAUUUUUUAAUUAUUAUGUUAGGUAAUAGGUGGAGGGAGAGUGGUAUACACUUAUUAGAUUUUUUUGGGGGGGGGGGCUGCGUGGUCUGUUAAAUGUUAUGUUAAUGUUUGUGCGGUUUUAACUGUCAGUGCGUCACGUUGUUGGGUUAUUGGACCUUGGCUGAAUGUUUACGUUUCCAUUUCAGAACCAAACUGGGGCGAUGUGCACUCAGUCUUUUCUUAACCAAUUGCAAAUAAAUACUCUUAUCCUCUCCUGUUAUGCUGGUCAAACUGUUACAAUUUUGUCCGAGUGUUAUCGUGCAAUGGACUGUCAUGGUUCAAACAACUUAUUUUUUUUAAUAUUUAAAAUGAAUUAAUGAUGAGAUGCCUUUAUUUGAAUCUUGCUUCCUUUCGGACAUACAAGCAAGCUGAGACCUAGGAACAUUGCACUUCCUGAAAAACAACAUAACAGGAGGGUGACAGCCAAUACUUAUCUCCCCCCCGCCCCAUCAUAUGUCCAUUUCUGAUAGGUAAUAAUAAAUUGUGCAGUCAUCAUCAUUAGUCGCUAAACCGUUUGAUUACCAUAACAUAGCAGGGCGAAAAAGACGGGCACUCUUGUUGACCGAGCAUCGGAUGGCAGUGGGCCGGUGUGACGGUCUAGAGCGCUCCCCGGUACCGAAAAGUCCCCUUGUGAUUAACGCGCGUGUGCAAAUAUUUUGUAAAUUUAACGCAGCGGAAAGACGAACACGGCGAAUGUACAUGUGUAUAUCUUUUUAUCAACAUCUGUUUUAAGGUUAGGUGAAGGGAAACAAGCCCUCCCUCUCCUGGAGUAUGGAAUAUAAUUCCCCCUCCGGUAUUGGAUUGGGGGUGCAAGGUCCAUCCCGCUGCGCCACCCACCUUCCUCACCUCCUCUGUGCUGUUGGCGCGGUAUGUUUGGGCACGCCGCUCAUUAUACUUCUGUUUGUUUUGGGAAAAGUCCAGUAGGUAGUUGUAGAAAACAGAAAUGUUUAUUGUUGCGUUCAAGAUGAAAAAAACUGUCAGUUGGUUGUUUUCAAAAAAAAAAAAAAAAAAAAAAAAGUACAAA